AGAAACAGGAAGGAAAACAAAGCAAGUGAUCAUAGAUCACAAGAACCCACGACCCGUAGUUAUUGGUACUAGUUGGGAACUUCUAGUAGAACAUCAGACUUUCUAGCUUGUAGCUAUAUUCAUCUAGAGUUUAUUACGUUUAGUUCAUACUUCUGCAUCGUCGGAUACGGAUUUGACUUCAUCGUUGUACAACAGAAAGAAGAUGUCUCGCCUGUUUUUGAAGUCGUGCGCAAUGCUCGCCGUCUCUGCGGAGGGUGUGACGAUUGCAAUGCAGAAUCCCUCUACGGCCAGCACGAACAACAUGGCGGCGGCUAGUGAUGUUUUUACCAAGCUUGUUCAUGGUCAUCAAAAGUGUAAUCAAGUCGACACGAAGGUGUUCAACUUGGCUUGUGGAAGUUGCAAGCACCCGACGGAUGUCACGAUCACAGAGAAAGACUCGGAGAAAGCACGCAAUCGCCACCGAGCAGCACUCGCGAAAUUCUCUGACAAUCAACGUCCGGGAGACCCGAAGGACACCGAGCAAAUGACGAAAAUCUUCGAAGACAUGAAUACGGAGAUUGUGCAAGCGGCCUGCUGCCCAGAUUAUAAAGGUACUUGUUGUAGUUGUUAGAAAGAAUUACUGCAGAUGCAGCAGUAGCAGGAGCACAAAAGUGACCACGUGGAACAAGUAUGGGAGAACAACAAAGCGCAUUCAUGUGAAUCACGUCUGGGACAGGAGAACGGAAAAGCUGAUACGGAUACCAGCAAUACGUACUAUUAAAACAGUUUGCUACUUAUGGUGGAAACGUUCAUUCUUGGGCAGUACAACGAGCAACGUGCUCGUAGAAGUUCUUGCAGUUUGAUAAUGUGUCUGGUGGUGCCAUAAUUUUUAUCAUGCUCAGCCAGGAACAAGAAGUUGAAGUAAACAAAUCAUGAGUAGAGCAUGCUCUGGAUGAUGUGUCCAGAAUAGAGCAUCCCCAUCCUCCGGGAGAUGUAUCGAAGCUCAAGCUUUCCUUUGAGUCACAGGGACUCGUCUGGGGAAGCGUUUCAUACUUCCUUAACUACAGACAUCGAUCUGGGUCAAAAGUCACGGUCAGCUAUGAAGAUAUCUACUUCAGCAAUCAGGGUCGAUGAUGUUGAUGAAAGAAUAGAGAUUUACGUUUAAGUAUCUACCAUUAGCAGAAGCCGUAUACAACUUAAGUGAUGUUGACGAUGUCAUAUGGAUAUGAGUCCGUGCUAUGUAAUGUAAUUAUACAACUGGUGAACCUGCUAAACACAUUUCGCGGCACUUGUUAAAUAUAGGAAAGACAAAGAACUGAGAUAUAGAAGUCGUUCACUCGGGCAAGGAGCUCCUUAUCUAAAUUAAUGCUUAGAUGGAGUGAUCGGGUUGACAGCCGAGCCCUCCCCUGUCGGUCUACGCCUUCUCUUCGUUCCUCUAAAUAAGCUAGAAUGAGCUUUUCACAUAUUCGAAAACUAAAAAUAUGCAAGUAAGUUCAAGCAUAGUGCUCUAAGUUAGGAGCUCUCUUCGAUCACUUUACUCGGCUAUUUCAGUUUACUUAUCGAAUCAUUAAAAGUGAUGAACUUUUUAACAUGGGGAUGGUCGAGUUGCGUAGAUCUAGCCUUGCUUUGCGAAGAUCACACUCCCGGCGAUAGCGUUUCGGUGGACAAUGAUUAUGAUUGCAAGAUCAUACAUGGUACUAGUAAUCAACGGGAGCGCCAAUGCCUAUCGUAAAAUAGAUAGACAUAAAAGAUGAAGACUUAGAAGAUGUCAUGGGAAGUGAUCUUACGAGCUGGGUCGAGGUUUAUAGUGUGGUAAAAAGUGAGCCUUAAU